CCGGCAAAGGGGGCGCUCGCAGACCCUGCAGCUCCUCGACCUCAGUCUCUCGGCUCGCUGACUUGGCUGAAGGAACUUCUUUUCUCUCUUUGCUUUGCAUUUUUUCGUAUUCGCACCAAGCGUACUGUUGUUUGUUACUCUUCUUGACAGUACAAAUAGAAGACAUUCAAAACGAGGAAAUACAAGUAAGUUCAGGAAUUAUUUGAAGUGAAAGAGGAAUAAAAAAGACACGCGUCGGAAGAACCAAGUGGCAAGGAGUCACAGUGAUCUACACACGUCGUAAAAUCGACGAAAUUAAAAGCCAUCGCCGAAGAACAAGAUAUUAAGAUGGCGGCAUUCCCUGAAAAGAAGACAAGCCAUUCGACGCAACGCCAGUCUUGGUGGAUAGGCCUGGCUGUAGUGAUCUUCGUCAGCCUGCCUACAACGACCAGCGCACACGGAUUACAAGACUACUCGAAGCUCCGCGCCACCGUCAGCAGCCACACGCAGUCGCUCCUCAUCCUACGCGAAUACCAGACUCUAACCGACAAGAUAUGGCGAUGGUACCAAGAUAUUCAGAAAGGCAAAGAGAAGGAUCUGGCCCCAAGCAGCAGCAACACCGGUCAUUCUCGACUCCCGGAAGCGAGUGCCCAACACCAGGACCUUCAGGAACAGCUGCUUUCCUUGCAGAAACAGUUCGAAGCGCGUCUCGACUCCCAGAAGUUGGAAACACAGCUGCUCAAAGAGGAACUCGAGUCUCAAAAACUCAUAACCCGACAACUCCGCCUCGACCUCACCACGCAGAAGGAGGUCGUGGCCCGUUUGGAGGACGACUUCUCCAAGAGUACGUGGCGCCUGGAGGAGCAGCUGGGAGAGGUGUCGGGGCAGCUGGAGCGCGAGAGAAAUGCCACUCGGGCGCUCAGGAACCAGCUGGACACGGCCGUCGCGGAGAGGUUGACGACCGAAGCGAGGGCCGCCGCGGAGCUGGACGAGAAGGUGGGUCAAGAAGGGUCACGCGAUAAAUUCGGAGAUCUGUUGAUGUUCGUAAAGAAUGUUGUCGUGAGUGCCAACCGGAGCCUGGAUGACCUGCAUGCUGAGGUCAAGAGGUUGAGAGACGACCAGAUAAAAACACUGGCAUCAGAUAUGGCAUCACUAUUCGCUAAACACGAGGGCGAUAGUCGCACUCUGAACGAGCACCUGAGAUAUCUGAAGGAGGACGUCCGAGCGUUGAAUCAAAGCUCCUCCGGCGGUAAGUUCCUUCACCGAAGCAGAUCUGAAUCAGGUAACGAGGAACAGCUAGAGCGUCGACUGGCUUCGUUCGACGAGAGGAUAACCAACCUGAGCACGCUGGACGCGCGUCUGGCCGGCCGAGUGAGUCGGCUCGAUGGAAUGACGCAGAGACUUCAGGCUUCGGUGGACAACGCGAAACGGCGCUUGGACGCCAUGGACACGACUAUGGUCGGCCUCAGACAGGCGGGUAACGUGGCUGAAGAGCUCGCUAGGCUGCGGGAAUCGGACCGGAUUCUGGAGGGCCGGCUCAACGUCCCUCUCCAGAACAUUGAGAGGAGAAUUACGUACCUGGAGCAGCGCGCAGAGAGGGCGGACGUCGGGGAAAUCAGCGAGGCUUGGCGCCCCACUGAUGUCACGGCAUACGCCGGGGCGCAAGGUUACUCCUGGGCGGAAGCAUCCGCGAAUGGCUACUACGGAACACGGGUCUUGUCGGGUACCACAGGCGCCCCUUGGUUCAGAGGGAACCCAGGGACUCCGGGAGAAAGAGGAGCUCCAGGGGAAAGGGGGGCUCCGGGAAGACCGGGAGAUGCAGGAAACAGAGGCAACCCUGGAGCCCCCGGUGGAAGGGGAGCGCAAGGACCACGCGGGGCUCCAGGCGGCAGGGGAGCCCCAGGAGAGAGGGGCGCUCCAGGGGACAGAGGGGCUCCAGGUGAGAGAGGGGCUCCAGGCGGCAGAGGAGCCCCGGGCGAUAGGGGCGCUCCAGGAGGCAGAGGAGCCCCGGGCGAGAGGGGCGCUCCAGGGGAUAGAGGAGCCCCGGGCGACAGGGGCGCUCCAGGGGACAGAGGAGCUCCAGGAGGCAGAGGAGCCCCUGGUGGCCAAGGCGCCCCUGGUGGCCAAGGCGCCCCUGGUGGCCAAGGUGCCCCUGGUGGCCAAGGCGCCCCUGGUGGCCAAGGCGCCCCUGGUGGCCAAGGCGCCCCUGGUGAGCCAGGGGCGACCGGAGAGUCGGGCUGGAGAGGCAUUCCGGGGACGGCGGGCCGGCCCGGCGCGCGAGGCAGGCAGGGCGCGCGCGGGAGAACGGGUUCCCGAGGGUCGCCGGGAGCCCGGGGGAGUCAAGGCCCCGCGGGGGAGCCAGGAUAUCCAGGUUCCCCAGGGGAGAGGGGUCAGCCGGGGCCUCAAGGCCUGAGGGGCUACCCUGGGCCUGCUGGCUAACGCACUAAGGGGACACCCAGCUCCCUGGCCACACUGCCUGCGUCGUGUCCUAAUUUGUGUGAUGUCCUAGUCUACAUGGUGUCCUGAUAUGCGUGAUGUCUCGUCUGUGUGAUGCUCUAAGCUGAGCGAUGUUAGUCUGCGAUAUCCUUACCUGUGUGAUGUACUAGUCUGCGGGAUGUCCUGAUUUGGGUGAUGUCCUUAUCAAUUCGAUGCCCUGAUUUGCCUAAUGUCUUGGUCUGAGUGAUGUCAUUUUAUAUGUAAUGUCCUAGUCUUUGUGAUGUCCGAAUCCGACGAGUUAUGUGAACAUGGUCUGUAAAUAGGUGAAGUCCUUAUUAAUGUAGUGAAAAAGUUUGUUUCUUCAAAGACGUUUCCGUUUCACAAACACACACACACACACACACACACACACACACACA